AUGGCGGAGGAGGCGAUGGAGAGCUACCUGUACGCCACCUACCACCCCUACUCCUACCGCUACCCGCCGCCCAAGGGCAAGGGGGGGGCAGCGGGCGGCUGGCGGCCGCGGGGCAGCGGCUACUUCUCGGGCUACGGGGAGGCGGCGGCUGCCGCCGAGUACUUCGACAACUACCAGCGGGCGCAGCUGAAGGCCAUCCUCUCCCAGGUCAACCCCAACCUGACGCCGCGGCUCCGCAAGGCCAACACCAAGGAGGUGGGCGUCCAGGUCAACCCGCGGCAGGACGCCUCGGUGCAAUGCUCCCUCGGGCCCCGCACGCUGCUGCGCCGCCGCCCCGGCACCCCCGCCGGGCCGCGGCCCCGUGAGGCGGAGCAGGAGCGGGAGCAGGAGCAGGGCAGCCCCGCCACCACCAGCACCCGCGCCGUGCGCUUCCCCCGCACUAUCGCCGUCUACUCGCCCAUGGCGUCCCGCAGACUCACCGCCUUCCUGGAGGAGCCGGAGCCGGAGCAGCGGCCGCAACAGCAGCAGCAGCGGGAGGAGGAGGCGGCGGCGGCCGUCGAGGAGGAGCCGGCCGCGUUGCGGGAGCAGCGGGAGGCGGAGGCGGCCGCCGUGCGAGCGAGUUGGGAGAAGCCCCCCGAGAGCGGCGCCGAGCCGCUGGAGCAGCGCCCGGCCGAGCCACUGGGGCAGCGUCCGCCCGCCACCCCGGAGCCGCCGGCGGCGGGGCCGGAGGAGAGCCGGGAGGAGGAGGCGGCGGCGGCGGCAGCAGCAGCGCAGGCAGAGCCGCCGGCUGCCCCUCAGAAGCGAGAGCCGCCGGCGGGCAAGACCCGCCUGCGCUUCCAGUUCCUGGAGCAGAAGUACGGCUACUACCAUUGCAAGGACUGCAACAUCCGCUGGGAAAGCGCCUACGUCUGGUGCGUCCAGGGCACCAACAAGGUGUAUUUCCGGCAGUUCUGCCGGACCUGCCAGAAGUCCUACAACCCGUACCGCGUGGAGGACAUCACAUGCCAGAGCUGCAAGCAGACGAGGUGCACCUGCCCCGUGAAGAUGCGCCACGUGGAUCCCAAGAGGCCCCACCGCCAGGACCUCUGUGGGAGAUGCAAAGGGAAACGGCUCUCCUGCGAUAGCACGUUCAGUUUCAAAUACAUCAUCUGAGUGGGAUGGGGUUUUUUUGUUUUUGUUUAGGGCUCUUCUAGAAAACUGCAAGUAGAGCAGAUUUUUUUUUGUUGUUGUUAUUGUUUGAAGGUACUUAGGGAGGUGUAGCUAGGAAAGCGUGCAAAUAAAAGUAUUGCAAAGCACACUCAAAUGGUAAGGUGGGUUUGUGCCUGGCUCAGAGGGCACAUACUGCAACUUCUGUAACUUGCAUAUGGGAAGAGCCUACAAGUAAUGUUUUGUAAGUCAGCAAUGGUCUUGGCAGCAACUGACUGAGGACCUUGUAGAAUCUCAGGUGGGAAAAAGUGUUUGUUACUAUCGCUACCUUUGAACUAACCACACACCUAAGGUCAACAUCAAAUUGACAUCUACAGCAGGUAGUAGAGCAUCAUUCUGUGCAUACUUCUAUUCCAUGUAGAAAGUCUUCUGCACUUUUUCAUCACUAGAAAAUGAUUGAGAAAAGCUACAUUUAUCUAAGCUGGUGCUCUUACCUUGUAGAUUAAAGCCAAAGAGAGCCUGGGGUUAAUGCAUCUUCAGGGAUGGUUCUCUCAAACUGCUGGGGAAGGGAGUCACUGAUGUUACAGUCCCUUGGUAAAGGAGUUGCUUAUCUUUGCUUCCACAAGGUUAUCAAGAGAAAUUACACUUCAAAUGCUCAAAGUAUGACACUGCAUCUGCCUGACUUCCUCGUGUACCUGCAGGUGAUGCACAAAGAGCUGUGCACUUAGUGGCUUACACAGGGGAGUUUCAUCUAGUUACGGUUUAGCUGUUGGGGAGGGAUCAAACUCCCACACCCUCCUGGAACUAAGUUUGCAACUAGGGAUUGUACUUCUAAGUAAGUGCUUGGUAGUAAUGGCAGAACUGGCAUGGUUACUCCCAGAUGAUGCUCUCCAAGGCCUGUUGGUGCUGUCGGUGGUAAUGGCCUCUGUAGGAAUACAGCACUUCAGCCAAGUGUUACAAGCUGGUUCUGGGACUACAGCAUCACCAUCUGAGCAGAUUCACAAGCUAGUAAAACCUACACACCACUAGUCUACCUUGUAACUGAGGAAUUGGGUAAACUUAGAGGAAAACAUUCUCUUGCAACAAUGCUAAUAAAGCUGUUAAUUUCAAAAUUGAGCAUAAUAAUGCACAAAACCUUUUGCAGAACUCUUGAGGUAACUUCUGUUUGGAAAGACUGAUCUAUCAUGACUAAAACUUACCUACACCUGUACCCAGCUUACCUGAGACCACUCAACUAAAGGGGGAACCAGUCUGAGUCAAUCCUGUUUAACAGCUUCAGUGCCAGGUGGUCUUAUAUUUCUAAAUGGAAGUCAGUGUAUGGCAGGGUAGGCAAACGUUGUCCUUUGUAUCAACAAAGGACCAUUUAGAGGGGCAGUGAGCGUUAAUUCUGUAGGCUUAACUCAUCUUGCUGUAGAAUCCUGCUUUAUUUUAAUGUGGCCCUUGAACUUGCUGCAGUAACUAAGGCUUAAUGUCUCAACACCAAUUUAUUGCCAAGUAAUUUUAUUUAUUCUUGCUCCAUUCAUUAUUAUAGCAGCAUGAGGCAUUCUGGGAACAAGUAAACCUGCCACCCCCAGAAAGGGGUACUGUUUCAUUUCAUGCUUCUGUCUUAAACAUUUUUUCCCCUGAUCACAGGAGAAUAUCCCUUGCUUUACCAUCUCCCUCAAAGGCUUUCAUAGUAAGUUCCUUCCUUGCCUUGUUCAACUUGAAAAGUACAACUGUAGCUGGGCAGUUUUCUGUUGUAUUCACCUGUAGUUACAGUAAUGAACAGUGGCAAAUCCCCAGCCCAAGGCCCUUGGUGCAGCUGUCUGCCUCAGCUUGCAGUUGUAACCGUGAUGGGGGAUGUCCCUUCUUUUUAU